AUGAAAUGGAAUAAAGAUGCAAAAAAAUGGAUUGUCGUCGCUGGAUUUCAAGGCGAAGGCAAUGGUCUGAGGCAAUUGUCAAAUCCUCGAGGACUAUUUGUCGAUGCCUUGGGUAUUCUCUACGUGGCAGAUUCGAUGAACCAUCGAGUGAUGUGUUACCGUCAAGGAGCAAAAGAGGGCGUUGUUAUUGUGGGUGGAAAUGGUCGAGGAGCCGAAGCUAAUCAGUUGAAUGAACUCGGAGAUUUACAACAAAAAAUUGAAGAAAAACAAAAACAUAUGUUAGAUAUUGAACAACGUUAUUUAAAUAAUCUUGAUCAAUUAGAAAAUAAUAAAAAAAAACAUUGGACAAACAAAGAUUGUUCUAAUAAUGAAGAUAAACUUUGUCGACAAUCAUCGAAAAUGCAACUAUUAUUAAAUGAAUCUAAUUAA